AUGCAACUCAUCUCGCUCGCCCUCCUCGCUGCCGCCAUCGCCGGCGAGACGCCCACAUCGGCGCCGACGACGCCAGAGCCGACGACCAAGUCGUACUGCUCGCCCAACAUGCUCGUUUGCUACACGAACGCCGGCGUGCCAGGCAUGUGCUACAACCCCGCGCACUCUGGCUGCUGCAACGGCGGCGCGUACGUCCUCUGGAACUGGCAGGCGAUGCCGCAGUACUGCUGCGUGGACAGCGCCGGCCGCUACAGUGUCGUCGCCGCCUACGGGUGCCCGGCCAACGCGACAACGUCCGCGCCGCCGUCCAACGUCACGACGGUGCCGGCCAACGUCACGACGGUGCCGGGGCGCCCCGUUCGUGGCGACGCCACGUAUUGCAUCCAGGGGCCCAUCUGCAGCGGCGACGGCCUCUUGCCGGCGGGUAUCAAGUGCCCGAUGGCCGGCGCCAUCGCGUCGGCCGACUGCCACUCGCAUCUGCCGAGCUACGUGAGUGGCACCGACUGCGCACUCUCGGUCAACACGACGUGCGCCAAGAUCCCGACCGGCGCGUGGGGCUGCGUCCUCCCGUCGUCGUUGUAA